GCCGAGUGGGCGUGGUCAAAGAAAACAUGGCGACGCACUUGUGAAAGUCAUGAGCAGCACGUCCCUAACCAUUUAUCGUUGGUUUACGUGAAUAUUGGACCUCAGAGUGUUAACAACCACAUCUACGUUACUGGUUAUUUAAAUCAUAGAAUCGCGACGUUUUAGCAAGACGAGGAAUACAGGGUUUUCCAGGAGUCCAGCUGUAUUACGAUGGACGAAGCAGCGCAGCUACGGAACUUAAAAGAUUUCCUAUUGGUGUACAAUCGGAUGACGGAGAUCUGUUUCCAGCGAUGUUCGACCAACUUCAAUUACAGAGCACUCACCAUGGAUGAGGAGCGGUGUGUGGACAGCUGUGCGGGCAAGCUCAUCCGCUCCAACCACCGCCUGAUGGGCACGUACGUGCAGCUGAUGCCCGGCAUGGUGCAGAGGAGGAUGGAAGAGAUGGAGAAGAAAGCUGCAGAGAUGGACAAGGCUGAGGCCGAAGCUGCUGCCGCUGCCGCCGGUGCCAGCGCUCAGUCGGAGAUACCAGCCGUGUCCACAGAAGUGUUAUCCUCAGUCCCAGCAACCAGUGAUAUACCUGUUGCUGCAGCAGUGAUGCCAGAUGUGGCAACGCUGCCAGUCCUUACCCCAGAUGCUGCCCAGUUAGCUGGGUUUGCCCCUGAAGCCAUCCCAGAAGCAGUGCCACGCCUUCCUGCCAUCGUCAUACCUGCUGCAGAGACUCCAGCAGUGAAUGGAGCGGCUUCAAGUCAGGAGGAAGGAAGCCGUGCUGCUGCUCCACCAUUUGUUCUACCGCGAAUGCCAGCACCAGAGGUGUCUACAUCUGUAGCCUCAUUCCCUAGUGUAGCUGAACCCUCGUGGUCAGACGUAAAAGAGGUAACGGCACCCGUGGCUGUGGAAGGACCAAGCACACCCAUUGUAUUCACCCCUUCAGUAGCUAGUGCACCCUCACAAGAGCCUACACUUGGCAUCUCCGAGCAUAAAAUUCCCCUUCCUUUAGAGUUGCCGUCGGCCAUAACAACGCCAGCCACGGCUGCUGCGCCCUUAAUAGACUCCAGCACUUCCGGCCCUGACGUGGCCCCCGUCAUGGCACCCGUCGUCAGUGCCGUGCCCGCCCUCAGCCCUCCAAGUGAAACUGCACCUGGCUCUCAGUCCUCAUCUUGAGUCCAGUAGAGUCUGCCGUUUUGAGGAUGGUACACUGUGAAAUGGUCUACCUACCAGAUAUGAAAAUAAGAUGCUUAAUCUAAUGUUACAACAUAAUAAUGCAUUGCAUAUAUCUGUAAUGUUUUCAAAUGUUUAACUUUUUUAUUAAAUUAAAAAGUGUCUACUCUGAAAAGUUGAAUUGUAUGCUGAGUGCAGAUGCUCUUUGAAAAAAAAAGAAUGAUAAAAGCGGGGUAAGACUAUAACAAAUAUAUCGGCAGU